CAAGCUUUAAUGUUGUUAUUAUUUUUGACUUUACCAAUUUCAUUUUUAUUUAAUUCUACCUACUUUUGAAUUCCGAACGCGGAAGUGAGUCUCGUUUUGCGUGUAUUCGAUUUGAUUCUCUUGUCUUGCGAUAUGAGAGACUUGCAUUUUAAUUUAGGAAUGCAAACAAUCUAAAUUAUGGUAGAUUAAUCGCCAAUAUUGUAUCAAGUGAAGUGUAGUUCAAAUAUGGCCUCGCGGGGAGACAAAGGGAAUGGAAAUGGCGAGGAGCAAAUUGUGGAGACGUUAGCUGAAGUGUUCCGCUGCUUCAUCUGUAUGGAGAAGCUGGUGGAUGCACAUCUGUGUCCACACUGCUCAAAGUUGUGUUGUUAUGCUUGUGUGCGGCGUUGGUUGACGGAGCAACGCUCCCAAUGUCCUCACUGUCGAGCUGCACUACACCUACAUGAGUUGGUGAAUUGUCGCUGGGUUGAAGAGGUCACUCAGCAAAUAGAGACCAUGCAACAAACUAACACCGCCAGCCACCGUGAGAAUUAUCGUGAUAGAUGCCCUAAUCAUCAAGAAAAACUUACUGUCUAUUGCUGGACGUGUCGUCGCUGUAUAUGUCAUCAGUGCGCUCUCUGGGGUGGCACCCAUUCGGGGCACACCUUCAAACCGCUGGAAGAGGUAUAUGAGCAACAUGUUACUCAGAUACGUGAUGAAGUCACUCAACUGCGGAGAAGGCUUAUGGAGCUAAUUAGCCUUGUCCAGGAUGUUGAACGCAACGUAGAAUCAGUGAGAGCAGCAAAAGAUGAACGAGUGCGCGAAAUUCGCAAUGCCGUUGAGCUGAUGAUCUCCAGAUUGGAUUCUGCACUGAAGGCUAAACUGCUUACUUUAAUGGGACAGAAGAAUAGUCUCACUCAGGAGACGGAGCAGCUUGAACAUUUGCUACAGGAGAUUGAACAUCAACUACAUACUAGUACAAGAUCAGAGCUGAUAGCACGGAGUGGUGAUCUAUCAAAGAUGAUACAUCAAGUGCGAAAGAAGCCAAUGGCUAGUUUUGUCACUGCCCCCGUACCGGCUGAUUUUCACAGUGAAAUCGUUCCGAGUUACGACAGCAGCACUUUCCCGCUAGCAAACUUCACUCAGCUCCAACACGCGGCCGCGCCCGUCUACUCGGCCCCAUUACACGUCAACGGUCUAUGUUGGAGGCUGAAGGUGUACCCAGAUGGCAAUGGUGUAGUUCGAGGGAACUAUCUCUCCGUAUUCUUGGAGCUCAGUGCCGGAUUGCCAGAGACUUCAAACACUGCUAAGUUAAGAGUAGGCAAGAGGUAUGAGUAUCGAGUGGAAAUGUUGCACCAAGUGUCGCGCGACCCCUCCAAGAACAUUGUAAGGGAAUUCGCGUCCGACUUUGAAGUCGGCGAAUGUUGGGGCUACAAUCGUUUCUUCAGACUUGAUCUGUUGGCCAGCGAGGGGUACUUGAACCCAGAAACCGAUACCUUAAUAUUGAGGUUCCAAGUACGUCCGCCUACGUUCUAUCAACGUUGCCGCGACCAGCAGUGGUACAUAAACCAACUGAUUACAAUGCAGAAUCAACACGUACUGCAGAUCAAUGAUCUCAAAGAGCGCCUCUCGUUGGAGAUGUCGCGGAACUCACUGGCGGCCACUCGCGUUGUCACGACGGGCACGAGCAGUUCGCAGUCCAACGCCGGCCCCAACGAGGCCGACAACCCCGCGCAGAACAACCCCGUCGACGGUAACUCUGUCAAUGAUGUCUUAGUGUUGUGGAAGCAAUGCGGCCAGCACGGCGCUCUCAACAAUACGAGAAUGUCUAACGAUAUCCUAAACACAGCCAUGUUCGCUGAGGACAGCCGUAAUAAUGAAGUGUCUAGUCAAUCGGCCAGUGCCUUCGGCUUCGGAGACUACGCUCAGUCUAUGGACACGAGACGAAUGGCGCAACCUCACACUUUGCUCGCCCCUUAUAAUCUACCUUCUACCUCACGUUCAGCAAACUCCCUUCAUGUAUCCGGCGCGGACAACAUGGCGCUGGUGAGCUUGCACACGCUGCUCAGCGCCGCCAACACGCCCAGCCGCGCGCCCAACAAGCUGCCCAACAAAAUGCCACGCACCGACAAACAGGUUCCAGCUAAGGAUUCCACAUUGACUGCCGUGGCCAGCAGUCCAGCAACCGAAAUAAGUCAAUCGGCCUCGAACGUGUUGCUGUGCUCCUCGAUGUCGUCGCCGGAGUUGAACGCGGCGGCUCCCAGCGCGGAAGCCGCGUGUGCCUCCCACAGCGGUCGAGCCAAGACUGAAGGCGAAACGGAGUGCGACAACCGCAACCCGGCCCGCGGUGCGCACGCCGCUUCCGAGUCCAGCAGCGACACCGGGUUAUCUACAUUGCAGGAGUUGAUGUUCAGCGAAUUAGAGGUAUUUGCCGACGAGACCCACACCGUUCAUGUCGACGAGAACUCGAACGAAGAGAAUGACGUUGACGACGAGACCAUGUCGGGCGAGAACGACAUAGAGGGCGCCUGCGGGUACAGCUCGCGGGACGGCUCCGACAUCCUGUCGCGGCUGCUGUGCGCGGAGGCGGGCCCGGACCGCGCCGCGCUGUCGGCCGCCGCGCACCACGACGCCGACCCGCAGCUGUCCACGGCCGCGCACACAGACAUGCUGCUGCUCAACCUCAUGCGGAUCAACGGACUCACGCCGAAACCCUCCGCCAAGAACGGUCCGAAACGCAAUUGGAACGGUCAGAGCUCCGCGGGGAUUCUCAGCCGCGGCGCUCACGCCCCCCGCCCCCCGCGGCGAGGCACCCCGCUGCACCCCGCCACCCCCCUCAACCAUCCCGCCUCGCACCGACCGCGGCGCACACCUCUUUCCCCCGGACAACUGCGCCACAGACGUCCUGCCAACCUGAACUACGGGCCGACCCCUCCCGGCACGCCGGAGCGCGGCGCGGUGUCGCCCGUCCCCGACCUGGCGCUGCACGACUACUGGCCCUCCGUGUCCUCCGUCAGCGACAAUGACGAGGUCGAAUUCAUUUUGGAUUGCAACGACACGUUGUUCGACAUGUUGCUGAACAGCCUGUCGCUCGAGGGGGCGGGGGAGCCGCGCGCCCCCACCCCGCCCGUGCAGCCGUGGUCCCCCGCGCACCCCGCCCCGCCGCCGCCCCCGCACCCCGCCCCCACCGCGCCCCCCGACCUGGACUGACGCACCUACCCGCCCCGGCGCGGGCUGCGGUACCGGAGGGAAUACUACCACUAGUCAACUCGACAACCUCUCUUACAACACCACGUCAGGUGACAUUGACCUCUCGACUAGAACGUCCAUUUUAUAAAAGCUUCUAUGAAUCUCUGUAACUAGUACAUACAAGCGUUUGUCUUCGUAAACUAUAAGUUAACUAUCAGCAAAAUAUUGUUUGGACACGGUUGACUUUUACUCGAAAAAGUUACAAGUACAAAAUUAACUAUAUAAUGAUUUGUUUCAAGGAUUAUAAUUAUUUAGGUUGUUUAUUAUGGAGUAAUCGCAUUUACUGAUUUGUGAAUUUGCGCGUGUAUAACAAAGAUCUCCCAAACGUAUUUCAAAAUCACAAUGUAUGCCAAAAACAUAUUAGUGCUCGGGCGCAAUUGCAAUGAAUUUUUCCUAACAAAUCUCUGACAGAAUACCCCCGUACCGUAUGAAGAUUGUGAUCGUUAGUUAUGGAUGAAUACUCGCGAUAAAAAUGAUUAUUACUUGUAUUCAAUCUAACAUUGUUCGUAAAUAUUUCCGCAUCGAAUUUUUUAAGUUAACUUUAUUUCUACAACACACCGAAUUCUCUGAACAUUUAUAGAAAAAUCUAAUCGAUAAUAAUGUUACAGUACAAGUAAAUUGUUUUUUUUUAUUAUACCAAUAUGUUAGGAAGGAACAAAAUAUUACGAAGAUACACAUUUUACUUAAGACGUAUAAUUAUUUUUUUAUUUAAUUAAGUUAGUUACUUGGAAUGUAUAAUAAAAACAUUAAUUGCACUUAGUAGCAUAAUAGGUCUCAAAAUAUUAAUUGAAUGACAUUUAUAAUUAUAAUGAAGUUCCUGCAAACUUAAGUCUUAGUGAAUUUAAAAUGUACCUACAUUAAGUUUUAUCAUCUGCAUUAUUGAGAGAACACAUUUUUUUUUCUUAAUUAAUAUUCGGAAUUCCAGUUCCAUAUAGAGACGGUAAACAUAAUUAAAAUAAAUUUAAUGGUUUUGAUCUUGCGUUUUCUGUUGUCGUGUCGCGUCACCCACCUGCGGGGUUAUUCGUUGACAUUUAAUAAUUUUAAUAACUACCGUCUUUUUUUUUAGUACAGUUUUAAUUGUAUUUACGACUUGCAAAACCGAAGAUGAUACUAGAAGGUUGCUUUAUAAAAAACCUAUGGAUGUAAAAAUAUUAAAGUCUAAAAUAAUAAUUGCUUUCUAUAUUAAUCAAUGCGUAUAUAAAGUUAAAUGACUUAUAGUAGAUCCAUCGGAAAAAAAUAAUAAGAGCGAAAAUACCACACGUAUGACGUCACAGAAUAAAAGUACAUAUUUAUGCAUAAUAACGGUUACGGUGCUCUGAAAGGGUUUUUUGUGGUUAACAAAACAGACUAGGGAAUUUAAAUACUUGUUUAAUGAAUAGUUUAAUGUAAACAUCGCGAUUUAGUUGCAGUUGCUUAUUGAUAUUUAGGAUAGUUGGUGAAAUCCGAUAUCCACUAUGGAGCGUCUUCAUGAGAAUAGUUACACGUACCUGAGUAUUAUUACAUUCCCGUCUAAAACCUUCUCGGAGGUUUUUUUUGUCUUAUGCGUUAUAUGUUCUUGUUGUCAUUCGUCGAAGUACAGAAAAUGAUCAAGGUGAUAUUUGAACGAGAGGGUAGUUUUUUUUUUAAAUGUUUAUCAACACCAAAAAAGGAGAAGAUAUUUGAAAUUAAACUUUAUUUAUAUGGCGAAUAAGGAAAUCGCUUCGGAAAACGGAACGGAAAUGAACGAAAAAGUCUUGUUUAUUUAACUAUGUAUUUAUCGUUUUAGCAAUUUCACUUUACGAGCGAGCAAUGUAUGUCGUGCAAAACUUGGGAGUCCUUUUAUUUGACACAGUGUAAUGGAGUUCAGUUUAAUACUGCAAUUCUGAUUAAUAAGUAAAUUACAAAUCUCUAGAUUAUUUUGUUUUGUUUUGUUAGUUUUGUACUGUAAGUAAACAUAGCUCGGUAAAUCUCAAGAUGGCUAAAAUUAAACUUAAUUUAAAACACUUUUAAAGUUUAAUCUCGUAUUUUUUUAUUGUCAUUAUAUUAUUUCCGAAAUUACGAAUAAAUUGUAUGAUUUUCGUGGUCAUGACGAUUAAUUAAUAUAAAAAUGUGAGAUUAAAUCAUAAAAAUUAUGUUAAUUAUUUAAGCGACUCCCGAAAUCCGAUUUUUCGUUAUCACCGUUUCGGCUAUGGGAGAAAUUUUCUUGAUAAAUCUAUAAUAGGGAUGUUGAUUACUCACGUUUACCUGAACGCUUCGAAAAGUAACUCAGAUAAAUGUCAUUUUUAUUGGAUGUCUUCUUGUAGUUUAUUUAAACAUGUUUAUUUAGUAAAGUAAAAUCAUUAACGUUUUUUUUUCGUCGACCGCCUCUCUUGUCAUUGGCAACCCUACAAGCUCCCAACCACAACGUGUGAGGGUUGAUGUUUCGCCAUGAACGUGCAAUGAUCAUCUUAAUAUGUAUAUCUAAAGUCGACAUUCCAAAUGUGAAUAUUAAUGACUAAUUUAAAAACUAAAAAGAAUGUACCAACAUCCCUAGCAAAGAGACUAUAGUGAGUAUAUCUUGCGCUUUCAUUAGUAGGAACGAAAAGACAGUCUUAUAGUUAGAACACAAGAUUAUAAAAGAUCUCUUUAAAUAUUAGGAAUCUAUAUAAUUAUUUUAAUUCAAUUAUUUUUGUAAUAGUAAAGCUUGGACAUUAUUCGAGGAUUUAUUAGUUUUGUUGUUAGAUUAGUUUAAUAGGUCUGAUAUUAUCGUUUAGGAGGAUUUCGAGUGACAUUAACAGAUUUUAUAGGUAUGCACUUCUCUGUUUGUAAUUUAAAUUCAAUUAUAAUACAUAUUGCAUUUAUUAAUUUCUAUUGAACAUAUUUGUCGUGAAGAUGCGAGUAAAGCGGCUCUAAAACCAAAGUGACCAAUUGUUUUUUUUUUCUUUGAUAUGCAGUAAUAUUAAACUAACUAUAUAUUUGUUUAUUUAAUCUUCAGCUUAUUUAUUUUUAAAUAUUCUUUUAAUUGAUUGAAUCAAAAAUGAUUUUAAUAUUUUUUUUUUGGAAUGAUAGUACAGAACUUAUAUUUGUUAGUGAAUACGUCAAAUGUAAUACAAUAUACUUGAGGAUUCAGGUUAUUGUUAUUUUUGCACUUUCCGAUUAUUUGAAUGGUUAACCGCCUCUGUCGUCACAUGCAAAGGCGUCAAAUGUAACUGUAGAAAAUAUUUAAUAGGAGUCGCUGAAACAUAGAAAAUAAACUUUUUAGAAGUGUUGCCAGAAUAGAAAAUGUUUGUAUCGCCGAUUUUGUGCAGGUAUGUAUCGUUCGUGAUUCGAAUAUUAUAAGAUAGUAAAUGUUUGCCUGUAUAUUUUCAGAGGCUCAAUUUAGUAGGCUUUAGUUGUUGAAUGUUUUAAUGUUUGUAGUGAUCUGGAUGCUGACCAGACUUAGUUACAAGGUGUUGUUUCUGCUGUUUUUACACAACAAAAUAGUACUAUCAUUAUACUCACGAAAGAUUAUAAUAACGAUUGAAGUUUUGAUAAUACUCUUAAAAAGAUUUUAUUUUAGAGUGUGCGUUUUUAUGUUGACAUUAGAUGUUGUUGAAUCUUGACUUGUCCUUUUGUUCAAUGUUAAUUUCGUGGCUGCCCUAAACGGACAUCUGUUAUGUGACUAUACUUGGGUUUUAGUGUCAAAUAUAUAUAUAGAUUAUUGUUUAUGAAAAAUUUAUUAACAAUAAUCUAUAAUAUAAUAUUACAAUAUAUAAUACUAUAGAAGAAGUAUAAACAAAUACAAUAGAAUUUUAAUAGGCUGUUUGAAGUCGCUCACUGAUUUUUUAUAGUUUGAACUACGACCAAUACGAUUCCCUUGUACUAUGGGACUCAUAGGUUAACCCGUUAACCCGUACUUAUUGUGUAAGAACAGCAGACCGGUACAAUGAAGAGUUCAAAUUUGUGUGAUUAUUAUUGUUAUAUACCGUACUGAGUAGACGUGAAGCUUAAUUAGAUGUUAUAAUGAUGUUAAUAGCACGUUUCAACAAUAUGAAAUCGGAAAAAAUGAACACUGGAAACAUUUUAAACAAUUUCUGAAGAUAUUUUGUUUUAAUUAUCAAUCACCAUCAUCGCAUCAAUUGUUUAAAAUCUAUAUGCGACGUGUUUUUUUUUGUUCGAUUUAUAAGAACAACUUUAAAUGUCGUAGCCUAUUUAAGCUGCUAUAAUUAAAUCACCCAAAAUAAAUGAAAAACCAACAAAACGAAAAAUAUAUGAAUGAAUUGUUACUGUGUAGUCUAAAUUAUUUUCAGAGGUCUCCCUCCCUCCUGUUUAUAUGAAGACAUGAGUGGAUGAAGGGGUUGAGUACAAUUUUUAAGAUUUUUUAGUUUUUACAUUGGAUGAAGGUGUUAUGUGCCUAUGUUAAACCUUAAA